CUUUGUAGGCCUAGCCAAAAUCCCGGAAGAAGAGCAGAAGCGAAUAAAGGCGUUAUGACACACGGGAAGUGUGCUUUGAGAAUAGAGGAACAAUGUCCACUUCAGUCAGCCCGAGUCUCAUGAAGUCAGCAGAUCUGAUCAAGAAAGAGCCUCUGGAUUAUGGAGGAUUUGGAGAAGUUUACUUGUGUUACCAUAAAACUCUGGGUCAGGUGGUGCUGAAGACCGUCUACACCGGACCACCUCGCAGUGGCCGACAGAAGCAGUCUCUCCUGGAAGAGGGCAGUUUGAUGAGCAGAUUAAACCAUCAGCGAGUGGUCAAACUACUCGGUGUUAUCCUGGAGGAUGGAGAUUAUUCAUUGGUCAUGGAGCUCAUCCCUAAAGGAAACCUGCUCACCAUGCUGGAGACGGUGACGGUUCCAAUAUCUGUGAAAGGGAGGAUAAUUCUGGAAAUCUUGGAGGGAAUGGUUUAUCUGACGAAGAGCCAAGUCAUUCACAAAGAUCUGAAGCCAGAAAACAUCCUGGUGGACAAGAACUUCCACAUAAAAAUAGCAGAUCUGGGUCUGGCCAUGUCUGAGGUGUGGAGUAAACUGACGAAAGAGGAGUCCCGUCGACAGAGUCGUCUUGGGAAGAAGACGAGCGCUCACGCGGCCGGGACGCUGUGCUACAUGGCCCCCGAGCACCUGCAGAGCAUUCACACACGCUCAAGCGAGAAAUCGGACGUCUACAGCUUCGCCAUCGUGCUGUGGGUCAUCCUGACUGGACGAGAGCCAUACGAGAAUGCGAGAAGUGAGGAUCAGAUCUGCCACUGUGUGUGUCAGGGUGAACGGCCUGAUGAAGCCCUGAUUCCCCAGAACACACCGACAGGCAUCACUGACCUGAUGAAGAGCUGUUGGCACAAAGACCCUGUGCAAAGGCCCUCUUUCACAGAUUGCUAUAAUCAGUUUUUACCUUUCUACAAGGAGAAGCUGGCAGCAAAUGUCAAAGCAGAUCUGGAAAAUCUGAUGAAACUAUAUGAAGGCCCAGAAGAGCUUGUAGAAAAGCUGAAAUUGCUCAGCACAAAUGUACUCCUUCCUGAAGACCCUUCACUGUGCUCCAGAGACUCACCCACGCCACUGAGGAGCUCAGAUAUAGGCCCAGUGGAGGCCAGCAUUGAAGACCUGAGCUUCAGGUCAUGUGAAGACUCUGUGCUGGAGCCGGACGCAGCUCCCGUCUCUCCCAAUCUGGAGCUCAAACUGCAGCAGGAGUACAACUACCACAAAUUUGGCAGUCGAAUCGUGGACCAGUCAUACGGGAGUGUGUGUAGUCCAGCACAGCAGCCGGCCAGCAGCACAGACGCUUCUUCGCAGAUGUCUUCAGUCAAGUCCUGGACCAAACCAUCAGCUCCAAGCACUGAGGAGGAGCUGUAUCCCAGAGCGGCUGGGUCGUUUGUUGGUUUCCACAGGCCUGAAUUGAGGAGUCAGCUUUCAGUGCCACAAUCUGACUAUGAGAGACCUAGGCCGAAUGCUCACUUGGCAUGUAAUCGGGUCAAGUCCUGUCCGGAUGGAGUAAAUCAUGUAGCAGAGUCUCUCAUAGAUGCAAACUCCAGCCUGCGCUUUAACUCGCCUGUCGUAUAUCCUCCUUCAGACUCAGCUUUGCCUGUGAGCAUCUCGAAUGCCAGUGCGAUUCAGAUCGGGAGUUACAACACGAUGAAUCUGCGAAUAUCUGACAGCAGCCCCUGCAGCUCGUUCUCUACUACAGGAUCCACCAGCAGCAGAUACAAAGAGCUUCUACUGAUGUACGAGAGCCACACGGUCACUGAGAGUCACCUGGAGCUGGUGCGGCAGAACGUGGGUGCAAACUGGAAGCAAGUGGCUCGUAAACUGGGUUUGAACGAAAUCGAUGUGGAGACCAUCGAGCACGACUAUGAUCGUGACGGUUUGGCAGAGAAAGUCCACCAGAUGCUGGAGCGCUGGAAGAUGCGGGAGGGUCUGCUGGGCAUCACUGUGGGUAAACUGUGUCACGCGCUCGAGGGCUGCAUCAAACCCAACGCCCUCCUGCACAUGCUGCGCCAGUUGCAAGAUUCGGCCACCGCCCCAUGAAAAAAAUAUUCACACCCGACGACUGUUGUGUCUUUAUCAGAUUUGGGAAUUUUAACCCUCCUGUUGUCUAUAAUUGUGUAUACAGCAUUCAUCAUGAGGGUCAGAAAUGAGCCGUCUUCAGCAAUGAAGCAGAUCAGUUUAAUAUCAGUCCUCAAAUCGAUUCUGCAUGAAGAAAGACACUCAUCUUCAUCACACACUCUGUGAAAGUUUCGGUUUCCCUCAUCAUCGUGCAGUAUGUGUGUGUCAGUAGUUUUUGUGGUGUAUAAAUGGUUUUAUACACUCACUGGCCACUUUAUUAGGUACACCUUACUAGUACCAGGUUGGACCCCUUUUGCCUUCAGAACUGCCUUAAUCCUUCGUGGCGUAGAUUCAACAAGGUGCUCGAAAUAUUCCUCAGAGAUUUUGCUCCAUAUUGACAUGAUAGCAUCACGCAGUUGCUGCAGAUUUGUCGGCUGCACAUCCAUGAUGCCAAUCUCCCAUUCCACCACAUCCUAAAGGUGCUCUAUUGGAUUGAGCUCUGGCGACUGUGGAGGCCAUUUGAGUACAGUGAACUCAUUGUCAUGUUCAAGUCUGAGAUGAUUGGUGCUUUAUGACAUGGUGCGUUAUCCUGCUGGAAGUAGCCAUCAGAAGAUGGAGACACUGUGCUCAUAAAGGGAUGGACAUGGUCAGCAACAAUACUCAGGUAGGCUGUGGUGUUGACACCAUGCUCAAUUGGUACUAAUGGACCCAAAGUGUGCCAAGAGAAUCUCCCCCACUCCAUUACACCACCACCAGCAGCCUGAACCACUGAUACAAGGCAGGAUGGAUCCAUGCUUUCAUGUUGUUGAGGCCAAAUUCUGAGCCGAGCAUCCGAAUGUGGCAGCAGAAAUGGAGACUCAUCAGACCAGGCAACGUUUCUCCAAUCUUCUAUUGUCCAGUUUUGUUGAGCCUGUGUGAAUUGUAGCCUCAGUUUCCUGUUCUUAGCUGACAGGAGCGGCACCCGGUGUGGUCUUCUGCUGCUGUAGCCCAUCCGCCUCAAGGUUGGACAUGUUGGACAUCAGAGAUGCUCUUCUGCGUACCUCAGUAUCUGCAUCAACAAGGCAUUUGCGCCCACAGAACUGCCGCUCACUGGAUAUUUCCUCUUUGUCGGACCAUUCUCUGUAAACCCUAGAGAUGGUUGUGCAUGAAAAUCCCAGUAGAUCAGCAGUUUCUGAAAUACUCAGAGCAGCCCGUCUGGCACCAACAACCAUGCCACAUUCAGAGUCACUUAAAUCCCCUUUCUUCCCCAUUCUGAUGCUCGCUUUGAACUGCAGCAGAUCGUCUUGACCAUGUCAAGUUGCUGCCAUGUAAUUGGCUGAUUAAGAGUUUGCGUUAAUGAGCAGUUGGACAGGUGUACCUAAUAAAGUGUUGCUGGUGGUUAACAAUGCCCCGAAGGACAACCGUUGUGCCUUAAAUGUGUUCAUCCUUCAUAAAAAUAGAAAAUUAUUCAUUUUUUGUUAUGUUGGGGUCAUUUUAGGAAAAGUCACCAAACUUCAAGAUAAAAAAAAACAUUGCUUCAUUUUUUUUCUGUUGAUAAAAAGUUGCCUGGGUCAUUUUUGACCCAUAAGUCAACAGGAGGGUUAAUAGCUCAGUUCACCCAAGAAUAGAAACUCUGUGAUCCUCAUUCAUUCGCCCUUCACUUGUUCCAAACCGGUUUCUGUUUGUUUUCUGUUACUCAAAAGAAGAUAUUUGGAAGAAUGUUAGAAACCUGUAACCAUUGACUUCCAUAGUAUUUGUAGUAAAUAAUGACUGAAUGGUCAUUUUUGUGGGGAAGGACUGAACUGUGGAUCUGUGAGUUUGUCAUUCAUUCAGUUUCCUUCAGCUUAGUCCCUUUAUUAAUCAGGGGUCGCCACAGCGGAAUGAACCACCAACUAUUCAAGCGUAUGUUUAUACCUUCCAGCCACAACCCAGUGCUGGGAAACACCCAUACACACUUAUUCACUGUGGCCAAUUUAGUUGAUCAAUUCCCCUAUAGCGCAUGUGUUUGGACUGUGGGGGAAACCGGAGCACCCGGAGGAAACCCACACCAACACUGGGAGAACAUGCAAACUCCACACAGAAACACCAACUGACCCAGCCGAGACUCGAACCAGUGGCCUUCUUGCUCUGAGGUAACAGUGCUAACCACUGAGCCACCGUGCCGCCUCUUUUUUUUAGUAAUAAUUGAGUUUUUCCUCAAAGUGCAUCUAUUUUACAAAAUAAUAGGUCAUCAAAGGGCAUCCACUGUGUAAAACGUGCUGGAUAAGUUGGCGGUUCAUUCCGCAGUGGCGACCCCUAAAUUAAUAAAGGGACUAAGCUAAAGGAUAAUGAAUGAAUGAAAACAUAAACUCAACAGACAGAAUAAACAAACAGAUUUCACCCUUAUUUUCGUGACGACCUUCGUCAAACAGUGACACAACCUUCAUCAAACACUGACCAAACCCAAAGCCGUGUCAAACACUUCACUCUCUCACCCUGUUGAUUUUGUGUUGUAUGGACGUGUUCUGAAUGCAUUUAAAUCACUCAAUUCAAUUAAAGUGUCAUUUUUUAACCAUUA